AUGGAGAACAUUGUGUUCGCACGCCCUAAGUCGGAGGAUCAUCAACGAGAGGGAAAGACUUUGUCUCACGCGAACAACGGGCUAGGCGCUCUCUCGGCAAAAAUUAAAAACUGGGAACAGGAAAGCAGUGAGAAACGAGCGCAGCUUGCGAAUUCGCUGCAAAGACGAAGCAAUCAGCUCGGCACUAAUGGACUCGUGGCGAAGCGUGCUCAAGCACUUGACGUUGAGGUGGCUGAAGCGUUAGAGGCAAAACAAAAAGGCAGUUUGGACAAACAAUUACCAAGAUUAGCAAAGCUUAACAACGGUUCAGUGAGAAAAAUGAGGGAACAAAUCCGAUCCGAUAAAAAUGGCUCAGCAAAGAAAAUCGUCAUCAACAUCGGCAACACGAAAAGUGUCUCUCAAAUUGCAGCGCAAAUGCAGCCGGAGUUCUUAAACCCUUACAUAAUGCGGUCACCAACUCUGACGUCGCUGGCGAGUGGGGGAAUAAAAUCCUUAGUCUCCGCGUAUAAAAACGAUACUUCCGACCAAACAACCAAAUUCUCAAGUUAUGUGUCUACUUCUUAUGGUUACUUAGAAUCUGUUACUAAAAAAAGCUUUGAAUCGGACACCAAAGUUAAUGGGACAGCGAUACAUUCUCCGAUUCUAUCUGGACUCUCAGGUAGAAAUCUAUCUUCUCGGUUGGCGAUUUUCUCGAAAAAGCCUGAGGAUGCUAGUGAUGCCUCCACUCAAAAAAGAGUACCGAGCAGAGUUUCAAUUCCAUCUGCUUUUAACACGGACGUUGACGCUGGGGCGAAAAAGAUUUAUCCCAAAUCUCCAACUCUAAAUGAGUUGAUAUCGCGGAGUACUGCUGGCAGCGGGAAUCGGAUCAGGACGUUGGAGAAGAUUUUCAAGGUCCACAAAACAGAGGAUGAAAAAGACGAGUACGUAUCGCCUAGACUCCCGAGUUCUCCAGAUGCUCAGAAAUUUGACAAGAUCGUCAAUAAGGUCAUAAAUGGACCGGCGAAGAAGUCUAAGAGCAGGAAAAAAUCCAAAAGUCGAAAAAAGCGCGUCUCAAAGAAGAAAGUGGAGGUCGGUGCGUCUGCCGCAGAGAGUGCGCCUGGGAAUCCGGUGAAGGCAACCGCAACACGCGCAGGAGUCUUGUUCGAUGGCCACCAGCCAUCAAUCGGAAUUUACGAGACCCGCGAAAGUUUCAUCCUCGACGUUUACCUCGACCCACAAAGGCGUCUUGUCUUUUCUUCUCCUGCUUUUACAGUUAUUAUUUCUUAG